GCCAAAAUCAAUUUUUUUAUGAACCAAAAUAAUUUUUAAGAAAAAGAAGAAAAAGAGUAUAACUAGCAAAAGCUGCGCGCCACUCAAAUGUGGAAGAAUUUCUGAUUGUGGAUUUGAAACAAACCAGCCAUGGCCCUGAAGCUUCUGUGGCCUCCUCCACCUUCUCCUUCUCCUUCAGCUCUGUCACGCCCAAAUUCCUUCUUCUUCUCUUCCACUUUCGUUUCUAGUCCCACACCCGUCUCCAGGACGCUUGAUCACCUCUUCCAGCGGCGAUCGAAGAAGCAAGGUUUGAGGCGAAGACCGGUGAGCGCUUGCCUGAAGGUGGAGCAACAGCAAGGAGCCGCAACGGCAACGAACCAGUGGGGUAAAGUUUCUGCUGUGCUUUUCGACAUGGAUGGAGUGCUCUGCAACAGCGAAGAGCCCUCUAGAAUGGCGGCCGUGGAUGUCUUUGCUGAAAUGGGUGUUCAGGUCACGGUGGACGAUUUUGUGCCGUUCACUGGCACUGGUGAAAUAAACUUUCUAGGCGGGGUAGCGAAUGCUAAGGGAGUUGAUGGGUUUGAUCCGGAGGCAGCCAAGAAGAGGUUCUUCGAGAUCUAUCUGGAUAAGUAUGCAAAACCCGAGUCUGGGAUUGGAUUCCCAGGUGCUCUUGAACUGGUUACUCAGUGCAAAAGCAAAGGCCUCAAAGUAGCUGUUGCUUCUAGUGCUGACCGUAUAAAGGUCAAUGCGAACUUGGCUGCUGCUGGUUUACCUAUUUCAAUGUUUGAUGCUAUUGUGUCAGCAGAUGCUUUUGAGAACUUGAAACCAGCUCCUGACAUUUUCUUGGCCGCGUCAAGAAUAUUGGAUGUUCCACCUAGUGAGUGUCUUGUGAUUGAAGACGCAUUAGCAGGUGUACAGGCUGCUCAGGCAGCAAACAUGAGAUGCAUAGCUGUGACAACUACCAUGUCCGAAGAGGCUAUGAAAAAUGCUGGUCCCUCUCUCAUCAGAAGCCAGAUAGGAAGUGUUUCACUUGAAGAUAUUCUGAGUGGUGGAUCUGAUUCCUAUAGUAUGUAGCCCUGAGAAUUCGCUGGAACUGUCAUUCUGUAUAAUUCAGACAAUUGAAAGCUCUUUCUGUGCUUACUUGAUACUUAGAAGAAUUCUCUUAUGAGAAGAUGCAGCAACCUCAGGUUCUGCAAUUUUCUGUACAGAAGUCCGAAGCUGUUGUUACAGACAGAAUGCAAAACAGCCCAAUCCUUAACGAAGAAAUUGCUAUCAGUGACAAGGUUUCCUCUACUGGCGGGGUUCUCGGCGUGAAAUCAUAAGAUAUGGAAGUCUGGGAAUCGCUUUGUCUUGUCUCUAUUUCGCUGUCUCAAACUGGAAGGCAAUGCAAUAUGCAUCCCCUAAAGCGAUAUGGAACGUGUUGUUUGGAGUCAACAGUCCUUCUUUUGAAAAGGGUGAAAGUGCAGGUACACCUCGGUUCUCUAGAGUCCAACAAUUUGUCAAGUAUAUAUCUGAUCUAGAAGCCAGGGGAUCUACUACCACAGUCCCUGAAUUCCCAUCAAAACUUGAUUGGCUUAACACAGCUCCACUUCAAUUUCGCAGAGAUUUGAAGGGAAAGGUCGUGCUGCUGGACUUCUGGACCUACUGCUGUAUAAAUUGUAUGCAUGUGUUGCCAGAUCUAGAGUUUCUGGAGAGGAAGUACAAAGAUAUGCCGUUUACUGUUGUUGGGGUACAUUCUGCUAAGUUUGAUAAUGAGAAGGAUUUAGAAGCCAUAAGGAAUGCAGUUCUACGCUACAAUAUAUCCCAUCCAGUUGUCAAUGAUGGAGAGAUGUAUUUGUGGCGGGAGCUAGGUAUCAAUUCAUGGCCUACAUUUGCUAUUGUUGGUCCUAAUGGAAAACUUCUUGCACAAGUAGCUGGAGAAGGCCAUAGACAGGACCUUGAUGAUUUGGUUGAGGCAGCUCUUCUCUAUUAUGGCAAGAAAAAGAUCCUGGAUAAAACCCCAAUUCCACUGAACUUGGAGAAAAAUAGGGACCAACGUUUUUACAAUUCGCCUUUGAAGUUUCCUGGAAAGCUGGCGAUUGAUGUGCUUAACAAUCGACUAUUCAUCUCAGACAGCAACCACAACCGUAUACCAGGUGAUAACGGACCUGGAUGGAAACUUUAUUUUACAAGUUGGUAGCACAGGAGAGGAAGGACUUCGUGAUGGUUCCUUUGAGACUGCAGCCUUUAAUCGCCCUCAGGGUCUGGCUUACAAUCCGAAGAAAAAUCUCCUUUAUGUUGCGGAUACAGAAAAUCAUGCAUUGCGUCAUUUUGAGCUUUUAUGACUGUAGGGAGAUCAAUUUGGUUGAUGAUACUGUGCGGACUCUCGCUGGAAAUGGAAACAAAGGCAAGGAUUACCAGGGAGGAGGAAAAGGAACUGACCAGGUUCUCAACUCUCCAUGGGACGUAUGCUUUGAGCCGGUGAAUGAGAAGGUUUACAUUGCUAUGGCUGGGCAACACCAGAUAUGGGAGCACGACACUAUGGAUAGAGUUACUAAAGUGUUCAGUGGUGAUGGUUAUGAGAGGAAUUUGAAUGGCUCAGACUCUAAGAGUACAUCAUUUGCUCAACCCUCUGGGAUUUCAUUUUCUCCAGAUUUGAAGGAGCUUUACAUUGCUGAUAGUGAAAGCAGCUCCGUCCGGGCCCUUGAUCUGAAGACAGGAGGAUCAAGGCUACUAGUUGGUGGAGAUCCGAUUUUCCCUGAAAAUUUGUUUAAGUUUGGAGAUCAUGAUGGAGUAGGAUCUGAAGUACUUCUUCAGCAUCCCCUGGGUGUAUAUUGUGCCAAAGAUGGUCAAAUCUAUAUAGCAGAUAGCUAUAAUCACAAGAUCAAGAAGCUAGAUCCAUCAACUAGACGAGUUACAACAAUUGCUGGAACAGGGAAAGCUGGUUUCACGGAUGGAAAAGCAAUAACUGCUCAGCUCUCUGAACCAGCAGGUAUCAUUGAACUGGAAAAAGGUAAACUGAUCAUAGCUGAUACAAACAACAGUGUUAUCCGGUGUUUGGACUUGAAUAAAGAAGAACCCGAACUUCGUACCCUGGAGCUGAAGGGCAUUCUACCUCCCGCUUCGAGAUCUAGAUCGUUGAAACGUCUAAGGAGAAGAGCGUCAGCCGAUACACAAUUAGUUAAAGUCGAUGGAGUUUCGACCAAUGAGGGAAAGCUGCUGCUUAGAAUAUCAUUGCCCGAGGAGUACCACUUCUCGAAGGAAGCUAGAAGUAAAUUCACGGUCGAUGCUGAACCUGAAGAGGUGCUGUCCAUCGAUCCCUCGGAUGGAUACCUUAGCCCGGAAGGAACUGCUGUCCUCCACUACAAGAGAGCUUCCUCCUCAGUUGCAACCGGGAAAAUAGGGUGCAAGGUUUACUAUUGCAAGGAAGACGAGGUUUGUUUGUACCAGUCGCUCAUGUUUGAGAUACCAUUCCAAGAAGAAAGUCGAGAGUCUACCGCGUCAGAAGUCACACUCGCUUACCUCGUGAGGCCCAAGGGAACAACUGGCUUGCAGCUACCGGUUGCAGGCUAACAGCAAGGGCAGUUGGCCUGUAUAUAUAUAUACUGUAAGAUCCCUAUUACAGCUUCCUCUCUUUCUCUCUGUUUCUUAUCACAUUCUAAUAGAGAGCCCCAUCAAUCAGAAUGAACAUUUGAUUGCUUGAGCAUAUGAUGAGACAAGCACCAUAAAAGAUGUCAGAGUUAAACCAAAUAACCUCUUGUCAUUAGAACCCAAUUCGUUUUAUGUUAUCGUGCGAAGAAAAGUAAAACCUAUAAUUUUCUUGAUGUUUGGUGUAUAACUGUAUCUAAUGUUGUGUACUUAUGAGAAAUGUCUUAGCUGAGGGAGACAUGGAGAAAGGUCAAACGAUGCCUGACAUACUGUUAUACGUUAUCCAGUUUCUAGAUCUAAUAUUAGGUUUAGGGUUUCAGGAUUGAAAACUUUGUUUAAUGGGACUAAUGAUUAUGUGGCUCUGAUUGAAUGCUUAACGGAUUGUUAACUUCAAUCAAUCAUAAGCUAGUUGUGCGUUGGCAGCAGCAAGCUCAUUAGUUUAAGCUAUAAAAUAAUUAUGAUGAGCAAUGACUAAUUUGAGUUUGACAUAAGCAAAGAGGGGUUGAUUGCUCAUCAAGGCAACGCAAGCACCCAUGCGCCGCUGUAUUGGAUUGGCUGGCUGGAGGUGAUUUAGCAAUGACAUCUGACGAACUCGUGGGAGCGGUUUAUUCGUGGAUUAAGUUCGAGUUGGUGGCUCGGGCAAACUAUUUUUUUUUUUUUUUUUUAACUUUCAACACAAUUAGUGUUUUAGGUCUUGAUUUUACGCUCCGGUUGAACGAUAUUCUUGAAUGGGGACGACACAUGUGCAUAUGGAUACAUUUUGAGCACCAUAUCAGGAGCAAGAACGCAUAUUUGUCGUUGACCUUCUUUCUCUUAUAGAUGAUGUUGCC